CAAAGACAGCAUCGCUGCACAACACAGUGCAGAGACAGCAUUGCUGCCUGUACAGAGCAGAGCAUCGCAGCUCUGGUAUACAGCACAGAGCAUCGUUUCCCUGGUGCACAGUAUUGCUGCCCUGGUGUACAGCACAGUAUCGCUGCCCUGGUGUACAGUGCAGAGCUGAGCGAGCAUCGGUUCCCUGGUGCACAGCAGGGUCCCGCGAUCGUUCGUCCAUCUUCUCCACCCCCAUCUUCAGACCCGUCUUGUGCCGUGCUGCAGCCAGCCGGCCGGCCUCCUAUCGCUGCCACCUGAUAUGCGCCUGGUUCAGAACAUGUCGACGAUCCAGGAGUACGGACCUGGGGAAUACACCCCCAGCAACCGGGUGAUCAAGAUCGCCGUCAUCGGUGGCAGCGCCGUGGGCAAAACGGCCUUGGUCGUGCGGUUUUUAACCAGGAGGUUCAUUGGCGACUAUGAACGAAACGCAGGUACAUUAUACUCUAGACAAGUACAAGUGGAUCGAGAACAACUUGCGCUUCAAGUUCAAGACACACCAGGGGUUCAGGUAAAUGGACAGAGUCUGAGCUGCAACAACUUACUUAACAGAUCUAUUCAGUGGGCUGAUGCAAUUGUGCUGGUGUAUUCAAUCACAGACUACAAAAGCUAUGAAAUAAUUAGUCACCUCCAUCAACAUGUCUGCCGUGUCCAUCCAGAAAAUAGAGUUCCGGUCAUAAUUGUAGGAAACAAGGCUGACCUCCUACAUGCCAAGCAAGUGGAACCUCAUCAUGGCCUCCAGUUAGCAAAUGUACUAGGAUGCACCUACUACGAGGUGUCAGCCAGUGAAAACUAUAAUGAUGUAUACAAUGCAUUUCAUGUGCUUUGCAAAGAAAUUAGUAAACAACAAAUGAGCAGCAAUGCUGAAAAGAGGAAAACAUCCAUUAUAGCCAGACCAAAAUCACCCAAUAUGCUGGACCUGAGGCGGCGUUUCAAGCAAGCUCUUUCUGCAAAAGUACGGACUGCAACAUCUGUCUGAACUGACAGCUGAAAAUCCUUUGGUCAUGGAUUUGUAAAACAUGAAAUCAAAAUGAGCACAAAGUUCUGGAAAACUAAGGUUAUACCCAGAAACUGAAGACGUGUCCAGAACAGACUACCCUUGUAUUCACUCGCUUGGACUGUUGAUCAUUGUCAAGUAGUGGUUUUGAAAAUGGGCAUGAGUGACUGUGGGAGCAGACAAACUAUAUGAAGUUUACUUCUGGGCUCCCUGUUGGAUGCCUUGCAGGGUUUGUUUGUUCAACUUUUUUAAUCGUGAUUUUGAAAUACAUGCCCAGCUGGGUCAAAACUUUCAAAACCACUCUGUAACUCUUCUGUUAUCAGAAAUUGAUUAUUUAUCAGUAACUUCUUGGUACCAACAAUUGCUUUGUUCUAUGGUACUGUUUUACCUGCUUGAAAGGGAGGGUAAUCACACCUUGCGGGAGUCCAAGAGGAGUGCAUGACAUGAAAUUGGCAGAGCUCUGGUUUUUACAUUCUGAACUGCUCUGCAACAGUGAAAAGUAUGGAAUCCAUAUGACCCCACACUCAUCUCCACAUUAUGGAUGAGGCUGGUUGCUUAUGUAUGUUAAAUGUUGGAUGUAGCUUUAAUUUGUGCAGUUUCCAUAAGCAACUUUGUUUUAAAUAUAAAACCAUUACAUGGGCC